UUCUCUCUCCCUCUCUAUAUAUAUACAUUCGUUCUUUCAACUUCAUCGUCUCAACAUGCAUCUGCCUCUCUUCAAAAAGUUUUCCAAGAUGAAAUCCGCUUUCAUAACAAAAUCACCAAGAAGAAAUUCCAACGAAAAUGAGGGUAGCUUGGGGCGCAAGUCAUCGAGCGUCAGCCAUGAAUACAUGGCGGCCUUUAGAACCAAUUCUUACGUUGAAAUCUACGACAAAGUUCAAGGACAGCUAGCAGCCGCAAGAAGCAAAGAAAUUGUUGGAGGGGAUAACACUUUUCCCUUAACUUCUUCUUCUUCAUCUUCUUCUUCCCCUCUGAUCAGCGGCCAUGAAAGCUUACCAUCACCAGGAUGCAAGCUUCUGCUCUGCCAAGAAAACAUGGAAGAAUUGCCCCAACAAGCUUCCAACGCCCACCCUCUGCUCAACGAAUACUUCCUUCUAACCUUAGAAGCGUGCGCGAUCUGCGAAUCGCUGCUCAAAAUCGUCCUGCAAACUCGAGCGGAUUACAAGAGCGUCAAGAAAGCCGUCGAGAAAAUCGAGGAAUUGGGGCUGUCGAGCGAGGAGCAAGUCAACCGUGCGUACGGAGAAAUCGCGUCGUUGUCGCUGUUCGGAAACACUUUGUCGGCGGUGCGGUUCGACGAUGUACGAGACGACCACUUGGGGCUGCUAAGUCGGCUCACAUCGAAGCGCGGGAGGAUAGAGAGGAGGACGAAACGCCUUAGGGUUUUCAAGGUGGCUUUGGGGUCGACCCUUCUGAUAGGGUGCACUGCAUUCAUGAUUACUUUUACCAUUCUCGCAGUGCAUUUUGUGGUUUGUACAAUGGCCGUCCCGGGCCUAAUUGCACUUUCUUUGGGCAUGGUCAAGAAGCUCAAGGAGGCGAAACGAGGGAUCCCUUCGCGAAAAGGGCUUUAUAUGCCGCUCGACGUUGCUGCAAAGGGGCUUUUUGUACUGAUCAAUGAUUUGAGUACGGUGAGCCGGCUGGUGGGGAGGUUGAGCGAUGAAAUGGAGCAUAACAAGACCAUAGCUGACCUGUGGGCAAUGAAGCACUGUGAUGAUGUGUUGAAGGAAGUGGUGAGCUCAAAGAAUUUUGCCAUACAAGAAGAGUGGGCCUUGGAGGUGUUGAAAGAGCUUGAGCAACACAUUUAUUUGUGUUUUCUCAACAUUGUCAGGUCUAGGAGGAUGAUUGUGCAAGAAAUUGUGGGUAGGGUGUGACCAGCCCAUCUUGCAAAAUCAGCAAUUAGCUUUGCUCGACAGUACGUGAUACUACAUUAAAGGUCAAAUCUACCGUUUGAGAUGUUACGGCCGGGCAGACACUUGAUGUGACAAGUUGUGAGCUACGUAGUUUAAUUUCAAGUUUAGGUUUUGUAAAGAAUUGUACAAUUUGGAUCCUUGUUGGACGUUUUUGAUAGUUGGCAGUUUUAGUAGUUUAUUCACCACCCAAAUGUAGGAGAAGAUGAUGUUUUGUACCCUCAGCCCUGGUGGAUAAAUUUGUUAAGAAUAAAGAACAUUAUUUUGAUACUGGUUGUA